AGCACACGCAGCACUACUGACUGCACGAUGCUGCUGUCACGCUGUUCGGCGAUCGCAGCUCGCAGGCAGUGGAGCAAAACAAACCGGGCCAACCCAGGAAAAUGAGCGGGAGAGAGAGUUUCACGUGACCGCCGAUGGGUGUCGCUGCCGCCGCAACUCAUUGAAGCAAGUGCAUUGAAGCCCAGCCUGCGCUCCAGCAGCCGAGUGGAGAGGACGAGCGAAAAGAAAACCUCUAAAUACAGGCAGCGGUCGGAGUGAACGAAGGAAGAGAAAGGAGGUAAAGAAUCAAAAUAGCAGAACAGCACAGGCCAGCCAGCGCGCUCGUCCGUGAUGGCGACCCACAGAUGGACUCGCCAGUGUCGUCGCUUCGUCGGAAACGUAGAUUUUGCCUCUUUCGGGCGCUGAGCAACCGCGGACGACGCGCCCGUCGCCGCCUUCGACAUCGCCUGUGACUACCGAGCGUGGUUGGUUCUGUGAAAGUGCGCGGCCGGCGUUGACUGGUAGCGGUGUUCGUGGGACGGCUCUUGCCAAGCUUCCCUCGGCAAGUGAAGCCAAGUAGUGAGCGCGCAUGUGUUCUCCCGGUGGAGCCGCGACGACGCGUCAACAAAGGCGGUGUUCUGUGAUCACUGUGCGUAGCGGUGCGUUGUGCUCUGCAUCAUCUCGAGUUUGUUUGCUUUUCUCGAUCAACUAGCGGCGACUGCCCGGGAGGAAUCGACACGGUGGACCCCUGGGCAUGGCCAAGCCAUCGAGGCCGAGCUGCGGCACAAGUCGCCAGGAACGCCGGCGACAGGAGAAGCCGAAGAGGUGCAAGCAGGGCAGCGAACGGUAGUCGCGAUGACCGGGACCCGAUGAGCUCGAGCGUCCUGCGGGCCUGCUCGGCCCAGUACUACAAUGCCUGCCUGCCUCCUGGCGAUGCCCUCCACAGAAGCGGCAGCGCAAAUCAGCUCAACGGCCAUCAUGCGCAGCCGCAGUCGUCACCGCAGAUGCACACGGCAGCCGCAUCGACGGUCCAUCACCAGACGGCGGUCAGCAUGAGCAGCCCAACGUCGGUGGGGCCUGCACGACCUCAGCGGACGCACAGCGAGCGUUCCCAGCGCACAUCCCGAAUGAGCCUGUACCGGAGCAACAGUAGUCUGGACCUGGACCACAACAAUGGGAGUGCAGCCGGUGAGCCACUCCGCGGAGGCCCAUCGCGGAGGGAUUAUGGCUCGGCAUCAUCGCUGGACCUUCUGGCUGCUUCGUCUGGAGGCGACAGCAGCUUCUUUGCCAUGCUGCGGGAGUACCGAGCUGGAGGUCAGCGAAGAGAAGAUCAACGAAGCCCUGGUCCAGCCAACAUCCAAGAGUUUCUGCGGGGCCGUCUUGAUCCUGCCCCGGCAGUCCAGAAUGCCUCAAACACCCUGGCACAUGGAGCGCUCGAAGAAGGCUCGAGUCCACGCCUCAAAACCAAGUUCCAGCGCCUUCUGGAGCUCAGGGACCGUGGCAAGGGCUGGAGUCGACUGCCCAACGCUAGCGGCGCAACAGGCGGCAGUGCAAGUGCUGCCGCUGGCAGCACAAGUGGUAGUGCAAACCAGGAGAGCUCGCUGUUUCGGAAGUGGAAGCCAGGUGGCCGAAGCGAGUCCGCGGACGCUAGAAGCCUUGAGCCGUCGCUACCGGAUCCGGCUGAGGAACGGCUGCGGAGGCGAGCACUGGCCCACUUCGACUGCCAGAGCCUUGGAGCCAACCUGAGUCGUGCAUCUGGUCGUCUGGCGUCCAUACUUGGGAGGCGGAGGAAUACCACGACGGGUGCGUCUGCUGCCUCCAUGCUCCAGCGAGCGGGAGCUGGAGGCGGGCUCAGUGAGGACGGAGUGGAAGGUGUGGCGGAUUCAGGGGAUGGCCGGCAGAGUGCGCUGCUCCUGAGCUGUCCAUUCUUCCGGAACGAGGUUGGAGGAGAACCGCAGAGGCAACUGGGCCUUACCAGGGCAACGUCCAGGGCCCUUCGAUCGGGUCGCGGUGGGUCUGCCCGCAACAAUGGCAACAAUGGCCCCUGGCAUCGACCAACGUGUCUAAGCGGACUUGCCAUUCUGGAGAGGCCUGGACUGGACGACGGGGCAUGUCCCUACCAGCGGCCAGCCACACUGCUUGACGGAGUGGACAGGGGCGCCCUCUACUACAGGACCCACUUCCACGGAAAAGGUCACCAAAACUGGUUUGGCAUUGACGAGCGGCUAGGACCGGUUGCAGUUAGUCUGCGCAAGGACCGCCUUGACGUGCCAAAUUCCGCAAGACCGUCACCUGGCGGAGCACCACAGACACUCUACAGGAUCAUCGUCCGAACGAGCGAGCUGGCGGUGCUACGUUGCAGCUUGGCCGAAGAGUCUCUGGGCGGCUCGGUGAACGGUCGGCUGAGCGGCAGCAGCAGCGGGGCCAACUCCCUGCCCGUCCGCGAGCUGCUGGAGCUGGCCGCACCCGAGCUGCAGACCACCUGCCUGCGACUGGCCGUGCCCGGGCCAGCAACGGAGCAGCAACUGCUCAAGCUCGACGAGCAAGGGCUGAUGAAAUCGUACAAGGUUGGGGUCAUGUACUGUCGGGCAGGACAGGCUACCGAGGAAGAAAUGUAUAACAACGAAACGACGGGUCCGGCUUUCGAGGAGUUCCUCGAGAUGCUGGGCCACAAAGUUCGGCUCAAGGGCUUUCAGAACUAUCGGGCAGGCCUCGACAACAAGACGGACACCACCGGCCUCUAUUCAGUGUACUCAACCUAUGAGGACUGUGAGAUUAUGUUUCAUGUCUCUACCAUGCUUCCAUACACACCCAGCAACAAGCAGCAGCUGCUGCGCAAGCGUCACAUCGGCAACGACAUCGUCACCCUCGUGUUCCAAGAGCCCCGAGCUCUGCCCUUCACGCCCAAAAACAUCCGGUCACACUUCCAGCAUGUCUUCAUCAUCGUGCGCGCCAUCGAACCCUGCACUUCCAAGACGCGGUACAGUGUUGCCGUGAGUCGAUCCAAGGAGGUCCCCGUGUUUGGUCCUCCAAUCCCCGACGGUGCCACAUUUCCAAAGUCCAAGAAGUUCACCGACUUCAUUCUUGCCAAAGUGAUCAAUGCAGAGAAUGCUGCCCAUCGAUCUGAAAAGUUUGCUACCAUGGCACAGCGAACGCGGCAGGAGUACCUCAAGGACCUUGCAGCCAACUACUCUACCAACACCACACUUGACUCGGGGCCCAAAUUUUCCCUUUUGAGCUUUGGAUCUCGCAAAAAGGAGAAACCACGGCCAAGGUUCGUGCCAGAUGCCUUCGUGCGUGGCGCCAUCUCUUGGUCGGUUCAGGUGGAAGACCAAGGCCAAGGUUGUGUGUGUGACUGCACCCUUGGCAUCUCGGCCAGCUCACUCGUGCUGCUGGACGACGGGACUGGAGAGCCAGUUUUCGGCUGUGCGACUGCUGCGGUGCUCGGGUGGUCCUCGCACAGCAGCAGCCUGAAGCUGUUCUACCACCAGGGGGAGUGUGUGGUGCUUCGGGCGCGUGACUCGGAUGCUGACGAGGCACAAGAGAUUGUGACCAGGCUGGCCUGCGUCACCGAUGGAUGUGAGACUCAGGAGCUGAUGCUGUGCCGCAACGCUGUCGGUCAGCUGGGCUUCCACGUCCAGUCUGAGGGGCUCGUCACCGAGGUCGAGCCUCACGGUCUUGCCUGGGAAGCUGGACUCCGACGAGGAUGUCGUCUGCUUGAGAUCUGCAAGGUGGCCGUGGCAACGCUUAGCUACGACCAGAUGGUGGACCUGCUCAAGACAUCUGUGAUGGUCAGCGUCACGGUCGUGCCUCCGCACAAGGAUGGCAGCCCUCGAAGGGGUUGCCCCCUGCAAAACUGCAGCUACUUUGGCCCCGACUACGACAGCAGCGCAGGUUCCGACCUGGGGUCGCCUGGGGGCAGCACCAGUGCAGGGCUUCUAAGGGGGGGACCAGCACCGGCUGUCGGCCAACAGGUGCCGUCAUACGCCAAGGCCCGAGCAAGGAGUGACAUGCAGUUCAGAUGCGCCAGCCAACCACAGCGGCCCUGCGAGGCUCCUCCUGCUGAUGACCGGCCCCGGUCACCAGUGCCCCCGCCGGUUCCAGCACGAAUGGCACGCAGCCCACCGGGAAGGGGUGGCAGUUCGCCAAACGAGCGGCUGGCCCGACGAGCGGCCUGCAACUCCCUCCCGCCCCUGGUGGUGGCACCGCCACCCUCCUCCACGGCUUCGGGUCAGUCAGUGACACCCCGCAGCGGGAGUGGCGGCAGCAGUCCGUCCCUGGCAUCCUUGAUGCUGCUGGAGCCCCUCCCCGGUCCUUUGGUGGUGUCUCGGAGCGAACUCAGCCUGGCCCAGCUGUCAUCGCACGAGCAACGUCAAAUGCGCACUGGCAGUGGCGGAGCAGGGGGCGCGGGACACCCGUCAUCGUCGUCAUCUUCAAGGCAGUCACGACAGCACAGCCCUCUCGACCCUUCCUCGGCUGCUGGCAGGGAUACCCAGCACCACCACAGGAGCCAGGGUGACCUCAGCAGUCUUGGGUCGUCAUCGUUCGGCGGUCUCGACCAUUGUGGCACCCUCAUGCAGCCAGUGCCGCAGCACCUGGGCUCGGACUACCAGUCCGACAGCUCCAGCGAGUGGCAGUUGGGGGCAGGCAGCAGUGCAGACGAGCUGUCGACGUGCGGCAGCAGUCAUCUUGGAAGCCCACUUCCGCGCCGUGGUCUACAAGAGCGGGCCCCAAACCACAGUCCCAAGAUCCGGCUGGGCUGUCGCAUUGUGAGCAGCAGUGGCACCACCACCACCACCACCACCACCGGCGAGGAGGUGAUGCGCAGUCCCCUGGCCAGUCUUCGCCAUGCUGUCCCCUCCACACCACGAUCGGCCAGCGCCGCCCACCCGCUGUCGUCAGCCGGUCCGUCGUGGUCGCCCUCGUCAGUCAAGGGCGGUGGAAGCAGUGCCGGAAGCAGCGCAGGCAGCGCAGGUGGAGGCUCUACCUUCCAGGAGGACCUGCUUCGACUCAUUGGACCAGACUACCUGGACAGUGAUUCGGAGGAACCCACGUGGUGCCCCCUUGGGCCGUCGGAGCGUCCGCGGUCGGGCCCCGAAACACCGUCGUCCUCGUUGGAGCGUGCUGGAAGGCGACAGGGACUCGCGCUGCGUUGCCACUCGUCCUGUCCUUCAGCCGCGGAAGACGUCAUCCUCACUACUGCGCAGCCAGCACAAGUGAUCGCCUGCUGUGAUCUCUCACCAUCUGCUGGAGCUGUGGAUGCCAGUGCUAACAAUGUGGCUGACAGCGCAAGCGCUGGUAGCAGCGGCAAUCUCAAGCAGCCGGAACAGAGACUGCAAGCUCUUGAAGACAAGGUGGUGAAGCUCCAGGAAACUCUGGCACAGGAGCAGCACAGGAAGGCAAACCUUGAACACCAGGUCCGGCAGUUGCAGCAGGAGAACCAUCGUCUGCACGAGCAGUCCGAGACCGCGAGUGCCCAACUCCGCCGUUUCGCAGACUGGUUUUUUGGACCCUCAGAUACUUAGUUGGCAAGCUGCCCGGAACUUUCACAUUUCUUAGUCUGCCUGCUUCUCCACGAUGGAUGGAAGACAACAGUAUUGUCGUCUGCUGAACGUGGUGCAUGUUGUCUGCGUGACCAAAACUCAAGUUCUUUGGAAACCCAAACACAUUGGUCAGUGGUUCAGCAAGUUGUUUCGUCUGCUGCAUCCUUGAAGCCUUCUGCUCCUCCAAGAUAGGCACAGGACAACAAAGUCAUCUGCUGGCCACUGAAUGUGUGAUAGUUCAUCUGUGAAAAAUUGAGUGAGAAUGCUGUGCACCCAAGGGGUUGUGGUGAUAUGACAUCAUCCCCACUGCUUCCUUACCACACGAAAUCGUUAUGUGCUCCUCGUACAACUUCUCAGCGACUUCAAAACUGCUUACGAGCUGCAGUUCUUAGCUUGUGUGUCACAAAGAAAGUUGCCCAAAGUUUGCUUUGGUUGCUGUCAAGGCAACGGGCCAAGACUGACUAUGAUGGGACUCGAUUUUUGGCAUUGCAGAGCGAGUGCAAGGACUAAGUGCAGUGAAGUGUUUGCUGCAGUGUUUCUACACCUGAAGCAUUGGGCAUUGAAAAGAGCUCAACAAUUUGCCAAUACCCGGCAAACAUCAAAUUCUGAAGCUUGGAUGAAUGCAUUGCUGUGGUUGUGUAACUCUGAAAUCCAUCUGUAUCAUUACUUCUCAGCGCUUUUGGCCAGACUUGUGCCGGCUUGGGUAUAACUGGCUUUUAAAUGUAUCCGUUCCAGCAAGCAUCUGUAACCUCGAGAAGUGAACUGCAAAUGUGUGUGACCAUGGUUAGUGUCUGCCUCAGACUCUGGGAACUGGAGGAGUCGCCCAAAAUUCUAGUGACUUUGAGGACACAGUCCAGUGAACUGGCAUUGUGCACCGUGAACACUUGUUUCAGCCCCGGUUGACGUGUGACCAGUGGCUAGAGCUGGGAUGUACAGCUCAAACUCAACUGUACCUUACGUCAAAACUGCAACUCACCAUGUAAUUGUUGUUCGUAUUCUUGUAGUAGAUGUUUUAUGUGUGUUCGUGUCAUAUGUUCAACAUGCCUACCGCAAGAGGACUGGGUAAAUCAUUGUACGUACUCAGCCCACCUUUGCUUGGAGGCAGCUGUGCUGUGUUUCUCCAGAUAGGAAUGCUAUGUGCCGAUCUUCCACCAUGCCGCUGCCAUCAAAACACUGCAUGCAGCUUGUUUCACCAUGUUGCCCAAGUCUGGCAGCUGCAGAGAGCUUUGAUGGGCACAUUUAGCAAGUUCGUCACUUGUCGCCCAACUUCCAGGGCAGAUACAAUUGCCUUAUGUUCUCAAGUUACCCAGAGCCAAACUUUUAGCAGAAUUUGAGCCAGCUGCACGCGGCAUAUGGAGAUCUAGGCUGAUGGCGUUGGAAGCCGUUGAAGACUUGUCAUUAUAACUUAUUCAUCACAUCUGGUAAAUGUGCAUUGGCAGUUAGAGCACAGUGUGUGGCAAGUGUAAGGACUGUAUUUUUAUCAGUGUGAUGUUAUGAAAGACUCAUUUUCUUAUUUUGUUUUUCAGAUAGGGCAUGGCAGAGGCCAUCCAAAAUUCUCUGCAUAAAGAAAAGACAUCGGUCUUUGUUGAUUAGAUAGAGGGACAAGUCUGAUUUCAGACACUUUGGCAUCCUAAAGAAGGCCUUCAAAUUUUGAGUAAGAGUAAGUUUAAGCAAUGGUUUACUCUCCAAAUGGUGCCGUUUGGGUAUAUUGUGCAAUGCUGAUAUAGUAGUAGCUUCACUUAUGAGACUGCACAACAUUUAGUACUGAAUUAAAUUUUUUUUACUGUAUUGUAGGAAUCUGUAAAAUUUCAGAACUAGAACUAUUGUCCUAUUUUUUUUAUUGAACAUUCCACGGAAUCAAAUGUGCCAACGAAAGUGCUGCAGCAUUGAAUCUUCAACCACCAAGACUGUCCGCAAUGCUCCUGAAUGUUGUUGCUCAUCUGGUGUACCUUAGAUGUACUAAUGUGUGUCUAACAACUGUCUUGAAUAAGGGACACCUUUGGAACUCAUUAUAACAUUUCAUUUUUAAAGAAUUUUCUGCACAUUGUCCCUACAUUUCCUGUGUAUCAUAGUAUUGCCUCCAGCACCGAAACCAUUUAUCUAUUGCAUUUUUAUGGCAUAUUUUUAUUCCGCAUUACUGUUAUUUUUUCUUUUGACAUAAUUGUUGCAGCAACAAUGGGUGAACUAGAAUUUCAGCAUUUGUGAUAGCCUACUUCUUAUGUCAGUGGCGAAGGUAAAACACAAGAAACAUUGCUUUUGAUGCAUUCGUUUUUGAAUGCAAGGGCAUUGAGAAAUUCUAAUUGCUAAAGCAUUUAGAAACUAGGUGUCUGAGAUCUGGCUUAUGGUCAUUUUUGUUCAGAGCCCACGGCCCACUGUCUAAGUCCCAGCCCAUUAAAAGUAGCCACAGGUGCCUAAAAAAAAUUGUGACUCCAGGAGACAUUGCCCCGAAAGUUACUACCUUAUUUGCAUGAUUAUCACAUCAAGGGGUGCUCUUCACAACCUAGUAUUGCCGUUAGAAUUAAUGACUUGCAAGCCUAGCUUUUGGGCAGUGACUGUGGUUAUGGUACGAUAUGAAAAGGUUGACUUUCCAUCAAGGCUCUGUUCGCCAACACCGCUUCUUUUUUUAAGCCCAAAGUCGGGCAGGGUGUGGUGGAAUGGAAUUUCUCAUUUGCUCAGGGUGCUGUUUUGAACAUGAUAUGAAAUGCUUUCUCAUUUCUCUUGCUCUAAUUACGCAAGAUACAAAAAAAAUAUUAUGUUUGUGCAAAUAUGGUUAGUAAGCACAGUUGUGUGAUGUCCUUCUGUUUCAGUUCUGCUUCUCAUGUUUUGCUGUGUAAACCUUUAGCAAGCAGUUCUCAUCUAGUUGCCACAGUGUCUACUACUAUUUAGAUAGGUGUUGUCUCUUUUUCACAUAACUUGCAGUUCCUUAAAACAAGUUCUUAACGUCGUAGGACUGAAGCUCUUCUAGGCUUGCUUCUACUGGGCUUUACUCGAGGGAGUUGUAUGUUCCUUUGUUUGGAUUUCGCUUGACUUUUCGUGUUCUUCAAGUGCGAAUCUGUAGCAAAGAGUUUUGGUGUUUUGGGAGCAGAGCACACGGCUUUUCAAUGUCAUCGUCCAUCUCUGGUGUCUGAAGAAGUGGAGGGAAUUGGGUCUGAGCCUUACUGGAAGCCCCUUCGUUCUGUAACAUUGACGGUGCAUUCCUUCUGCCUCGUGUCGGGUGACUGGGAAAUCUGUGAUCUGUUUCAACUGUGUUAGAUUUGUUCUUUCUUUCCUCCCAGAGCCAUCGCAACGAGUUUCCCAAAACAUUAAAGGGCAUUUUGAAUGGUGCAAGGCUUUUGCUUCAGGAUGUUGUUACCCAGCCAGCAGAGGUGCAUUUAAUGAAUUUUGCAGUUGUAGUAGUUCACUUAGCGUGUCCACACUUUGACCGAAAGCAACUGUGUUGUGGUCAGGGACUCCUCUUCUCGUUUCCCUAGCUCGUCACUCGGCUGUUUACUCAUGCCUGUUUAUCGAACCGCACGUGGCGUAGUGUAUGGAUGCGCGUGUACGUGGGAGAAAUCGCCAUCGCUUUUGUGCAACUCCUUCAUUCCCUCAUACACGCAGGCUCGUUGGCGGUGCCCUCAUUCCUUAGCUAUCACAUAGGUUCGCCAUUUCAGGACAGAAGGAGAACCGCACAGGCUCAAGGUUUCUGCUGCCACUUUCCAUAUCUGUGCUCUCUCCUUUUUUGUCUCCCUUAGUUACCAGUUUCCCUCGCCCAAGUGGGAGACAUUGAAACAGUGUGGCCAUUUUGCCGUCCUUUGUAACUUAACUGGUAUCCUGCAACCGUGGCAGAAGCAAAACUGACUGUCAUCAUGGUGGCUGCACCCGUGACUAUUACUCACUUUUUCCUGCCUGUCCUUUGCUCUCGGCAGCAUUGUUCUGUCCUGACAUACUUUUGAUGUAGCCCUAUAUGGACAACGUACGUCAUGCUGCGCCAUCGCAGGUCUGUCGCUGCAAUUUUCACCACAGUUUUGGAAUUCAUUUACUAGACAUUGAGGAAAUCGUGUGUUUUUAUGCAUCCCCAUUGAGGGGACAAGAGUGCGACUCCUAACAUCAAGAAAACGGUACUGUUUUUAUGCGUCCCUGUUGCAUUGACAGUAAUACUCUUUAUGGGAUGGAAGUGUUUGGUCAGAGAUGACAAUCUGUUUUAUAAAUUUUCAACAGGUGUUGCACAUAUGGCUUGCUGGUUGGCUGGUCGUUUGCCUAGCCACUGUUUAGUUAUCUGGCAACUACUUGAUCAAAUUGGCCACUGGUGCAUUGGAUUCAAGUGUUGUCCUGUGAUGCUACGUGUUGUGGCACCGUGCAUAUUUAGAGUGCGACUCUGUGUUUGAUAUCUGUCUGUGAGGACUCCUUACAGCUACAGUGAAACCAUGCUGUACGUUACGAAAUUGCUGUGCAUUGCUUUAGUUGGCUAGAGCCCAAGCGUCUCAUCCUCUGUUGCCCUCCGUAGUAAACUCGCGCUUGUAGCUGCUAAAAAUGCCAAGACCGUUAAUCCACUUCCGGAAAAAGUGCUUCUAGUGCCGGCUUAAUUUGCCCACCAAGAUUUUCUUGUUUGCGAUGCAGGCGUCGCAGUGGCGUCACAUUCGCCUGGUCGUCACACAAGUCUUGAUUACUCACGCCCACUGCUUCUACUGUAUCAGUUGGUGUCUUCCUGCAUGCACAAAACAGGAAAGCUUGUUGCCGGUGUUGGUUGAGCGCGAUGUUACAAAGGUUUCAAGAUGAACAGCGGCCUGUUUUGACAUGUGCAAUCGCUGUGCUGUUAGCAAGACUUAAGGAGUACUGCAUUUGCUGACAAUUGCUGUGUGUGCUUGAACGCCUUUCAGUUCACUUCAAGAUGGAGGCAUUGCCUUUGCAGGUUUAAACAUUUUGUUGUGUUGCGCUUCAGAGCCUCAUUUAACUACAUCCCUUCAUAAAUCUACUUGUACAAUACCUCAGUCUCUUUUAUCCACGAAUUUUAUGACCAUUUGUUUUUACAGCGCAAGCUAUGUGUGACGUGUAGGGUCAUCUACAUUUCUUUUUUUGCUGCUGUUUACCCAUUAAGAAUGUCAGAUAAAAAUGCCUUCCAUAUGUCCCCAUCCCCUACAGUUCUUAUUUUUUAUUUUUUGUAGAAAAGCAAUAAUAAAGUAGCCAAAGAUGCGUUCAAAGGAUC